GGUGCCUUGCCGGAACAGACCGAAGCAUCCUCUCCCUGGCUGUGGUCAGCUAGAGAUCUCCCAAAGCUUGGAAAAGCAGCUGGAGAACAUUUGGUUGACAGACACUUGGUCUCUGAGUACGGAGCUGCUUCAGUUAAUGCUUAGAAAAGCCACCAGACCUCGUGAUAUUGAGUCUGUCUUCCAAAUGCCAUGCCAGCUUUGGAUGAUGGGAUUCCUAGUCCAACAGCUCUGAAGGGUGUUCUAGAACGUUCGGAAGGGGCUACUGAGGCCCUCGAAUCUAACCUCCUGCUCAGAGGUUAGGUAAAUGCAGAUUAAAGUCUCUAGAGAUGGCGGUCCAGCCUUUGCGUGAACACCUCCGGGGACAAGGAGCUCACCGCCUCCCUGGGCCAUCGGCCAUCUGGCCACCAAGCCACGGAUCAUUAACAAGAUCGAACGGAAGGAGGACGUUUUCACUGGAGAGUUUUGGAAGCCGUGCGAGUGGAGGAAUCCACGAGGCCCGUGGCUCGCAGGAGAUGGGAUCCGGAUGGUGGAAGAGGGGGAGGGAGAGAGCAGAGGGGAAACCGAGCCCCCCGCAGCGCCCAUCCCUGCAGCGCCCAGCGAGAAGCGGAAGAAGGGCCGCCCACGGACGGCAGCUCCGCCCCCCAAGGCCAAAGGCGGGGGCCCCCUGCGGGUGACGCUGAAGAUGAACCCACCCAAGUGCCCCGAGUGCGGCAAGAGCUUCCUGAGCAAUGUGGCCAUGACCAUCCACAUCCGGACCCACACCGGGGAGCGCCCCUUCAAGUGCCACCUCUGCCCCAAGGGCUUCCCCUCCCGGGGGGACCUCAAGCGCCACAUCAAGACCCACCUGCGCAAGAAGGCGCCCCCUCCGGCCGCCGCCCGGGGCGGGUCUUCCAAGAAGAGCCUGGCGGCCAAGAUGCAGCUGCUGUGCCAUCUGCGCUGCCCCCCGGGGCCGAAGAAGCCCCACAGCUGCGCCCAGUGUGGGAAGAGCUUCAACAAGAAGCAGAGCCUGCGCAAGCACCAGGGCACCCACUCGGGCGAGCGGCCCUUCGCCUGCCUGGAGUGCGGGCGCAGCUUCCGGCUGAAGCAGAUCCUGGUGGCGCACAUGACCUCCCACAUCAAGGAGCGGCCCUUUGCCUGCGAGCAGUGCGGGAAGUGCUUCGCCCAGGAGCGGAAUGUGCGCAGCCACCAGCGGGUGCACACGGGGGAGAAGCCCUUCCUGUGCAUGGCCUGCGGGAAGCGCUUCGGGUACAAGCAGCACCUGGUCAAGCACCUGCGCUUCCACACUGGCGAGCGGCCCUAUGGCUGCCCCGACUGCGGGAAGACCUUCCGGGACCGGACCACCCUGAACAUCCACUACCGCAUGCACACCGGCGAGCGCCCCUACCGCUGCCCCUUCUGCGGCAAGACCUGCCGGCAGAAGCAGCACCUGAACAGCCACCUGAAGGUGCACCGCGGGGAGACGCUCCCCCCAGGAGACGGCACGGGCCUCAGCCUGCAGAGGGCCCGUGCCAAGGAGAAGCCCCACGAGUGCCCGCAGUGCCAGAAGCGCUUCCGGGACAGGAAGAUCAUGCUGGCCCACCACAGGACCCACCGGGAGGAGCCGCUGCCCAGGAGCGGCCCCCCGCAGGGCAGACGGGGCCCGGCCGGGGCGGAAGGAAGGGCCGCUGGCAGGGGGAGAGGCAGGGGGAGGAGGCGGAAGGACGGGGGGCUCGCGCCUGCCCUGCCUGAGGUGGUCCCGGUCACUUGCACCGAGUGCGGGAGGCAGUUCACACAGAGGAAGUACCUGACGCUGCACCAGAGGAGCCACAGAUGAGCAGGCGCCGAUUCCCCUUACGAUCCCAACUUCUGGGAAGGCCCCUCGGGUGGCGCACAACGCGGGCCCCACCGGGGAAGGGGGACCUCCUGCGCGGCGGCCCCCACGGAGGAGGGCCAGGGCUUGGGACCAGCUCCCAGCGGAAAUCUCAAGACUUGGCACUGCGCAAUAAGUUGCUUGACUGCAGACCACAAAGCAGCUUUGCUGAGGCACGGCUUAGAAAUGAAGCCCCCGGGCUGAGAUCCUCUGCUUUUCCCUCCUGCCCUUUCGGGUCGACAGACCGCCAGCUGUCCUCCCCCCAGCUGUGAGACCAGAGCGCCUCUCCUCGGGGCUCCGGCCCUGGGUCUGUCUGGCCUGAGCACGUUGGUUCAUGUCUCGCCUCCGAGCUGCCAACGGAGGGCAUCGGAACAAGCCUUGGCACAGUUGCUCAGAGUUUCUUGGGCCUUCAGAAGUGUGUGAAGCUCAGUCCAGGAGACUCCCAGAGCCAAAGGGGGAUUUUGCUGUGUUGAUUGGGAAGGGCAGUUUGUCUCCUCACCAGCUCUGGGGCUGUGAAUAGCUCAUGGCCGCCCAAGCAUCCUGGGGCAUUGAUCCAUAAAUUAAUUACACCCUGUGAAAAAGGCCCCCCGUUCCUGCGCAUCCCCUCACACUCAACAGCUCUGAUGUAGCUUUGCCAUUCCUGAACCUCGGAAGCCUCUUGGGACCCUGCCAGACGUUGCAGCAGAAGUGCCCUGGUGCAAGGACUUGGGACCUGGGACAGGCUGAGCCUUUGCCCAGUUGCAGCAGGCGAGAUCAUCACCAAAGAACCACAUGACGCUUGGAGCCUGUUCCAAUAAACCAGAAAAAAAAUCCUAUUGAGGAGGAGGAAGUGAGGUUGAAAAGGUACAAAGGUGGGAUAGAGACUGCCAAAAAAAGCCCAGCCAAGCCCCCAAGUCUGUUGUGGCUGCAAGUGAGAAUUGCAGAGCCUUGCAAAGGGCCUCAGGUGCGGCUCUUGAAACCCAGGCUGCGCGGGGGGCUUCCAGGUCGAGAAAAGGUGCAGGGAGCAGAUCUAGCCCUCUUCCUCCACAACAAACUGAAUAAUAACUAUUAAAUUGAUAAGCUGCUGGACUCGCAGCAACGCUGGGCAGUUUACAGACGGUUAACAGCAUUUAAAAACAAGGAAACAACAAAACGAAAGAAACAAAGAUGGCAGAGAAAACAAACCCAGAUGGUGACAAAAAGAAGAAAAGGGGCAUCGGUCACCCUCGCCAAAGGCCUGGGCGAAGAGCUGAGUCUUUGGGGCCCUCAGUAGGGUGG